UAACUUAUUCGAUUAUUUCCACAUCGGAAAAUGAAGUUCAUGAAGUACGCAGUUUUCUUUUACACUUCGGUGGGCAUUGAGCCAUAUACAAUUGACUCGCGUCCCAAAAAAGUGAGCCUUUGGUCAAAUCUUCUCUUCUGGGCCAAUGUGAUCAAUUUAAGUGUCAUUGUUUUCGGAGAGAUCCUCUAUCUGGGAGUGGCCUAUUCCGAUGGAAAGUUAAUUGAUGCCAUCACUGUACUGUCCUACAUAGGAUUCGUAAUCGUGGGCAUGAGCAAGAUGUUCUUCAUUUGGUGGAAGAAGACCGAUCUAAGCAAUUUGGUCAAGGAAUUGAAGCACAUCUAUCCAAAUGGGAGAGCUGAGGAAGAGGUGUAUCGGUUGGAUAUCUACCUGCGAUCCUGUUCACGGAUUAGCAUUACCUACGCACUACUCUACUCCGUGCUCAUCUGGACCUUCAAUCUGUUCAGUAUCAUGCAAUUCCUGGUCUAUGAGAAGUGGCUUAAAAUCCGAGUGGUCGGCCAAACGUUACCAUAUUUGAUGUACUUUCCCUGGAACUGGCAUGAGAACUGGACAUAUUAUGUGCUGCUGUUCUGUCAAAACUUCGCAGGACAUACUUCGGCAUCGGGACAGAUCUCUACGGAUCUUCUGCUCUGUGCUGUGGCUACCCAGGUGGUUAUGCAUUUCGAUUACUUGGCCAGGGUGGUGGAAAAUCAAGUGUUAGAUGGCGAUUGGAACGAAAACUCACGAUUUUUGGCAAAAACUGUACAAUAUCAUCAGCGCAUUCUUCGGCUAAUGGACGUUCUCAACGAUAUAUUCGGCAUACCCCUACUACUUAACUUCAUGGUCUCCACAUUUGUCAUCUGCUUUGUGGGAUUCCAAAUGACCGUGGGUGUACCGCCGGAUAUCAUGAUUAAGCUCUCCUUGUUCCUGUUCUCGUCCUUGUCGCAGGUGUACUUGAUAUGUCACUAUGGCCAGCUGAUUGCCGAUGCGAGCUCAAGCUUAUCGCUUUCAGCGUAUAAGCAGAAUUGGCAAAAUGCUGACAUCCGCUAUCGUCGAGCUCUGGUAUUCUUUAUAGCUCGACCUCAAAGGACAACCUAUCUUAAAGCUACAAUUUUCAUGAAUAUAACAAGGGCCACCAUGACAGACCUUCUUCAGGUAUCCUACAAAUUUUUCGCUCUGCUUCGUACCAUGUACAUAAAGUAAACAUCUAUUCUUAUUUUAACUCACUUAUUGGGAUUUGUAAAAGUUAAAAAUUAUAAUGAAAAUUUAUGUACGUAAGGAUUUAAAUUAUA